AUGCCUCCUUCCAGAUCCCGGACCUAUGAGUCCUCCUGCAAGGAGGCAGAGCAGGCGGCCACAGGCAGGCAGGGACCUCCAUCCCCCUCGCUGAGCAAGCAGGACAGCAGCUACCGCCGGGCCUUUGGGGAGCUCGCCGAGCAGGACGUGCUGCUGGGCUGCUUCUCAUGCGCCUGGCAGAGAGAGAUGCCCUACCACGGCCGCCUCUACGUGUCCUCACGCCACAUCUGCUUCCACUCCAACCUCCUGCUCAAGGACAUCAAGGCCGUGGUCCCUGUCGCCUCCAUCUCAGCUCUCAAAAAAACCAACACGGCGCUGCUGGUGCCCAACGCAGUCAGCAUCCGCACGGCCAAGGGGGAGAAGUUCCUCUUUGUGUCGCUGCGCCAGCGGGAGGCCACGUACCAGCUCCUGAGGUCGGUCUGCAAACACCUGCAGGUACGCGGGGAUGGAUGGGGAGGGGGGCUCCAUACAUCCAUUGCAGAGCACCUCCCUUCAUCUCUCCUUAUCCAGGACAGCGGCCAGAGCCCUCGAGACUCACUGAGCAAUGGGGAAACUCCUAGGAAGUCUCAGAUCCCGAGCCAGUCAGACCUGGAACAGAGCACCCCGGAGCCCAACAGCCUCCAUGAAUCCCUGGGCGAGCCAAACCCGAGAUCAAGGCAAGCGGAGGACGAGGAUGACGAGGUGGCCCGGCUGGUUCCCAGCAGCGGUGAAUGGGUGCCCUCAGUAGAGACACGUGCCCUCUGGGGGGGACCCUACAGCGUGCUCCAGGCCAGGGCCACUGCACUUUGGUCCCGGAUAAAACCCCAGCUGAGCCCUCUCAACAUCAUCAUCCUCAUCUACCUGCUGCUCAUGGUGGCUUUGCUGCUGUCCUCGGGGUACAUCGGUCUGCGCAUCGUGGAGCUGGAGCAGCAGCUGGCGUUCGCGGGGGCUUGGCCUGACCUCAACCUGUCACAGCAGUACGAGACAACGUGAUGCCACUGAGGACCAUGACCAGAGCUCCAGCCAGGGGGUCAGGGGGUUCAGGAGCUGCUCUGACCCUUAGCCUCUCAGAGGGGCUCUGUCACCAAGUGCCUUCAAGCCCUCCACAUGUCCUGGGAAACCCAUGUGGGCUGUGAGGCUCGCUCCCCCAUUUCAGCCCAGCAAAAGAG